GUCCAGAGUGGAUAAUGAAAGAAAAGCGACAGGUCGCUAGCAACAAGGUGGCAUUUAUCGAAGUGAGGAUAUGGUUGAAGGAGAAGGGCGGCGAUGUGCAAAACAGUGUCUGCCGCGAAAUAGCUCAGAGUCAACGCGGGGAAAUCCCUCUAGCGGCAAUUACCCUAAGACUCCCACGUUCAUUGUGCACGACAAUUCUGGAAUUUUUGAUGCAUGCUAGUGGGAUAUGGAGGACGACUGGGCAGAUGACACCACUGCUAUACGCGACUCGGAAUGGGCCAAAAUUUCCUCCGAUUUUCAAAAUGCCGGCUACCGUGAAGGCAUUACUGCCGGAAAAGAGGGUGCUCUCCAAGAAGGCUUCGAUGAAGGGUAUGCAGAGACAGGUGUGCCUAUAGGUCGAGAAAUAGGCAACCUCAGAGGAAUUUCCUCCGCCCUUGUCUCUCUGCUCAGUUCUCCUACCUUCGUACCCGAACAUGGGGACCGAGAGCAGUUCCUGCAAGAAGCCCGACUCAUUUCAAUGGAGUUAGCGGAAUUGCGUUUUUCUGACGUUGCUCCACCGGAUUUGCAAGCCGAGCAGCAUGCUCGUGAACACUUGGAAUCUGCAGAUGUAGAUGACAGAGACUUUGACGUCGAGAUGAACGAAGAAGUCAAGCAAAAACGGGACGUGGAAGGGUUGGAGGACCUAAUGACACGAAUGGGCGCAGGUUCUAUUUCUUCUGCAGAGGCGAAGGCUCGUCCAAUAAAAGCUGAUGUAGCGAAACUAGUGGAUCGAUUGAAGUCUUUGGCUGGCUCCCUCGGCAUUCCGCUACCUCUACCUUGACGACAUAAUUCUACUAACCUACCAAGUGAAAAGACGUAGCCUUACAAAUAUCUGUAACCAAUGUAUAGUACAUGAGAAGCAGAUACAAUCCAGAGACGGACUAAGAACGACUACUGAAAUGGGCGAACCAUCUUGGUUAACGUCGCAUCUUGGCCUCACGAAGUUAUAAUG